AUGGGUCAUUAUCAGCAGCUGCAGCAUCGCCAAGGCUCGAGGGAUCAGAAUGGCGCAAGCCUGAUCAAUGCAGCGGGUCGAUCAAACCUUGUACCAGGAAGGUCAAACAGUGGCACGUCCACAAGCGGUGCCCUAUCGAUCUCUCGCGCUCCGUCACCAGGUCUCAAGUCUGAAGCUGGGCUUCCAGAUCGAGGCAUACCUUCUCCACAAGAAUUUGACAAGGAUGGAGAUGCAGGCGGUGAGAAGCGCCAGUCCAACCGCUUCGUGUACAAGCUGAUGAAGAUGGUGUCCGAUCCGGAGAGUCAACAUCUCAUCUCGUUCAACCCUUCGGGCACAAGCGUGGUUGUCACGAAUUUCGAUGACUUUGCAAAGGACGUCCUGCCAAAGCAUUUCAAGCAUAGCAACUUCUCGAGUUUCAUCAGACAGUUGAACAUGUAUGGCUUUUACAAGGUGAACAAGACGCCUCGAGGGCAACGCAACUCCAACGACAUGCAAGUAUGGGAGUUCUCCCACCCCAAGUUCAUCAAAGGCCGGCCUGACCUCCUGGACGAGAUCCGUCGCAAAGCUCUUGACAAUGACCAUGGCCGAGGUGAAGCUCGGGACCUGCAAUUCAACAUGUCAAUGGGUCAGAUGCAGCUUCGCCAUCACUUAGAAGAGGUGCAGUGGCGCCUUGAUCAGACAAUGGAGCAA